ACAGGUUCAGGAGGACCUGAGCGACCGGCUUAGGUGAGCAGCGCCGGGGCUGUGGUCCUGCAGUCGCUAUGAGCUGCACCAUCGAGAAGAUCCUGACCGACGCCAAGACGCUGCUGGAGAGGCUGCGGGAGCACGAUGCGGCCGCGGAGUCGCUGGUGGAUCAGUCGGCGGCGCUGCACCGGCGGGUGGCCGCUAUGCGGGAGGCGGGGACGGCGCUUCCGGACCAGUAUCAAGAGGAUGCAUCCGAUAUAAAGGACAUGUCCAAAUACAAACCUCACAUUCUGCUGUCCCAAGAGAAUACACAGAUUAGAGACUUGCAGCAGGAAAACAGAGAACUGUGGGUGUCCUUGGAGGAACACCAGGAUGCUUUGGAGCUCAUCAUGAGCAAAUACCGGAAACAGAUGUUACAAUUAAUGGUUGUUAAAAAAGCAGUGGAUGCUGAACCAGUCCUGAAAGCUCACCAAACUCACUCUGCAGAAAUCGAGAGUCAGAUCGACAGAAUCUGUGAAAUGGGAGAAGUGAUGAGGAAAGCAGUUCAGGUGGAUGAUGACCAAUUUUGUAAGAUUCAGGAAAAACUAGCCCAAUUAGAGGACAUAUAGGAGAGAAGAUUGAGCGGAGUGAAAGUGUUAGGAAUUUGAAAGACAGAAGAAACAGUAGCAAAACUUGGGGAACCAAGAAGAGUAUUAUAAGCAGAGAAUUCCUCUAGUGGAGCGGAAUCUUUUUUUUUUUUUUUUUUGGUAGUCCUAACAAUGUAGCAUAUAAAAAUUGCUCAGUAAAUGUUUGUUCAAUGAAUAAAUAAGUAGUAUUUUAGGAAACUCAGUUCUUUCCUUAAAACAUUAAAAAUUAAAAUAAUAUGCUUUCUGUUCCUGACCCGAAACAAUGUGUUCCAAUGCAGUUAAACAGUCAAAAUACC